GGCAAUGCAGCCAACAGUGGUUCGGUCCUUUCUACUGCUUUAAAGAAAGAAAAAGAAAUCCAAACGGAGGUUUUAACACCUCUUCAGGACAUAAAAAAAGAAAAGAAAAAGAGUCGUAUAUGGGUUUUAUUGUGUUUUUUUAAUGAAUAGGAGGGUACUUUAAAUCAGCGCGCACCAGGCGACAUGUCUGGAUGUUGUGACAAGCUACAGACAAAAUGAUUAGAGGACUGUGUUUGCAAUCUCUGCGAGGUUUCUCGUCACUGAAAGGCUUUUUUCCUCCACCUGUCAGUCUCUACAACCUUCAAAAUCGUCUGCUCUUGAAAGGAAGUUAAAAAAAAAAAAAAAACCCAACAAAACAAAAAGAGAAAAGUGACAGCGUCGCAUUUGCACCUUUUUCAUUUCGGGCUAGAUUCUAAAAUAAGUUGUUCGACUUUUUUUCUGGUUACGUGCGUUUAUGGAAAAGGACAUAUUUCUAUUGGAUGUUACUUUCAAAAACUAAAAAGGCAAGCAAGGCAAGUGCUUUCCCCCCCUCCAUCCGGUCAAAUAGCCUUCUUCCAGCACUCACUGGUUUUCCAUGUAGGCUAAUGCUCUUUUCCCAGAGGCGAAGGGAGUCCCACAACCACUAAUGCAGUCAGCUUUUUGAUGCGCCAGAAUACACUCAUCCUCUCUUACAACGACGAUUCUUUACUCCAUUCAAGUUGCUCAUUUCAGUUUUGCUUAUUCGAGACUACGAAGUGACAUCUCCCUCUCCAUUUUCGACAACUGUUAAAGACUGGUAGGUGAUAAUGGCAAUGCAGCCAUGAAAAAUGCUCAUUCGGAUCGCUGUGAGAUGAAGUUGGAGGUCCUGCGUCAAAAUAACAGGGGGCACAGCUCGGGUAACUUUUGACACCGACCCAUCGCUUUUUUCUUUCUUUCCUUCUUUUUUGAGACUUGUGGUUGAAGGAGGUGUGUAGCCUGCUUGGAGCUGUUCAUGACGGAAACGAUGGCGCUGAGUCUAAACUGCAGGACUAAUCCCAAAGAGCAGGCAUCAGUUCAGAACAGUUUCCCAGAUGUUGUUGAAUUAAACGUCGGGGGACAGGUUUAUUACACGCGUCACUCAACUUUGGUGAGCACCCCGAAUUCGCUGCUCGGUAAGCUAUUUUCUUCUAAAAAAGACGCAUCUAACGACUUAGCAAGAGACCCCAAGGGUCGAUAUUUCAUUGACAGAGAUGGCUUUUUAUUCCGGUACGUGUUGGACUACCUCCGGGAUAAGCAAGUUGUCCUCCCGGACCACUUCCCGGAAAAAGGGAGGCUCAGAAAAGAGGCUGAAUACUUCCAGCUGCCCGACCUGGUGAAGCUGCUCACCCCUGAGGAUAUCAAGCAAAGCCCGGACGACUACUUCCACAGCGACUAUGAAGAUGGGUCCCAGGGUAGCGACCACCGGCAGUGCCCGCCACCCUCUCUCGUUCCCGCGGACAGAAAGAGCGGGUUCAUUACUGUGGGGUAUCGAGGGUCGUGUACCAUGGGCCGUGAGAGUCAGAGUGACGCCAAGUUCAGGAGGGUACCUCGGAUACUAAUAUGCGGGAGGGUAGCCCUUGCCAAAGAAGUGUUUGGGGAGACGCUGAACGAGAGCAGGGACCCGGACAGGACCCCGGAUCGGUACACCUCCCGGUUUUACCUCAAGUUCAAGCACCUGGAGAGAGCUUUUGACAUGCUGUCGGAGUGUGGUUUCCAAAUGGUGGCCUGCAACUCGUCAGUCACAGCUUCGUUCGUCAACCAGCACACAGAGGACAAGAUCUGGUCCAGCUACACAGAAUACGUUUUCUACCGUGGUCCAUCACGUUGGUCGUCCCCUCCAUGUGACUGCUGCUGCAAGAACCACAAAGGUGACGGCGAGGGUGAGAGCGGCACCUCCUUUAAUGAGCUCUCCACCUCUAGCUCUGAGAGCCAGUCAGAGGCCAGCUCUCCCCAGGGAACAGUCAUCUGUGGCCCAGUAAGUCGCCAGUCGCAUCCCCGUGCCAAUGUCCAAACCCUGGACAGGCCGCUGAAAAAGGGCCCUGUCACCAUGGUCCAGCAGUCUGAACAACGACGCAAGAGUGACUUGCUGCGCACUCUCACAACCAGCUCCCGUGACACCAGCAGCUGCAAGAAGAGGCCCACAAAAGAGAAGCUCACAGUUGAGGAGGAGUUGGAAAAGUGCAUUCAAGACUUCCGCAAGAUUAAGAUCCCAGAGAGGUUCCCCGAGAGGAAGUACAUGUGGCAGGCUGACCUGCUGAGAAAAUAUCGUCUCUGAGGCAGGAAACACAGCUGAAGGAGCAAACACAUGAGGCCAAGAAUCAGUUCAAGUGUUUUUUGAUCAUAAAUUUUGCAACAAAGGGGAGAGAACACUAAACUUAUUUAAAUCAAGUUUCUGGAAGAAACCUUACUUUUAUGCCAGUGCGCUGAGAGUCUAAACAGAAGCUCGAAGGAAUGAUAAAGAAACAAGAGACUGUUCUAUUAUUGACGUAUGUAUGGUAGUAGGCUUUGUAUGUGUGUUUAUGUAGAUUAGGCCUACUGUAUGUACUGUAGGUGUGCUGUAACUAACUGAAUGCCUUCAGAACUUUGAAUAAUUUAUCCCAGAGGACCAAUACAAGUGGAUAAAGACAAUGUCCAUGAAAUGAUCAACCACCAGAAGGCUUGCUGAUGGCUACACUUGGGGCUAUUGAUGGCUGCUGGACUGCACAUGCUGUAAUCGGUCAUCAUUCACUGAAAAACCAUCGCAAGAGCCACGGUUUUAGUCAAAGCAUAUAAGCACUGGUCUAGUAUGUGAUUGUAUGUGUUUAUGUCUGUGAAGGUUCUCAGUCAUCCAGGUCAUGGUAAUCUAAGGAGGUUGAAAGAAAAGCGAGAAGUGUCAAACUGAAGAAGCUUCUUGGAUGAAAGGUGAAAGGUUUUCUUUCCAAGCUCCUUAGAUGUGUGUGUUUAUGUGAGUGUGCGUGUUUUGUGUCUGUUUGCACCCGGGUGGCCUAGAGGUCACACAUAAGUCCACAUUGGGACCCAAAAACACUUCAUACUGUUCCAACAGUGCUCUCACUAUAAAUGCACGCAAAAAUGUCUAAUGACAGGAUGGCAUGAAAAUCUGGGUUAAUUACUUUUAAACAACUUCUGGAGACGUCCGAGCUGGUGUAGGCACAGUUUUAUCAGCAAGUAACUUUUGCAUAGAUCUUCACAAUGUUGGUUAGAUGUAGAGCAAUACCCACAUUACUGUGUGAAGGGGAAGCAGAAGAGUGAAGGUACCAGAGGUUCAGUGAAGGUCAAUAAAAAUAUAGCACACACAUACACAUUUUUUCCCAUGUACUGAAAAUCAUAUUCACUGCAGCAUAAUUACAUUCCAAAAUGAACAAAGCAGUCAAACUUUUAUUCACAUACUGACACAGAGCAAUCAAGCACGGUGUCAUUUAAACUACGCUUAAUAUGGCACAAUAAAUAUGGAAAGGAUGAAAGGGGCCUGCUGUAUUUGCUUACCCAGUGAACACAGACAGAUGCCUUCUACACUGACUGUUGACAAGCUAAUCAAUAGUUAUUGAUGAUAGAGUCUGUUGAUAGAGCUGAUAGAUGUGACUCUUGUUUACAAUUACUAAUGAAGCUCCUGGGUUACUGACAAAGACAAGCUGCUCUUCUAUUCAGUCAAAAUUAGUCAUUAUUCAUGUAUUCAUUUACCUACUACUUGGCUCUGUCAGGGUCUGCGGGAUGUAUUGCAGUGUAGACAGUCAACUGCUAUAUUAAAGCAACACAAUUUAAAAACAUGAGUUAAUAUCCCCUGGAAGAUGAUUGUUAUUCCUUCAAAGUCCUUGCUGAAUAAAAAGUUACUGCCAGAGUCAUAUACCAAUUAUGUCAGGGUGCAAAAUUUAUGAUGGACAGCAAUGGCAAAAGCACAGAAACGUUCACUGAUGGUGCAAUUAUAAGGCAUUUGUCUUUAGAUUUCAUAUUGUUAUUGGUCAUUUAAAGCUGCCGUUUACUUUUUCAUUGCCAGGUUAGUUCAUUAUUAUUACAAUACUAACUGCAAAUGUAAAAGAAGAGUUGAUAACUAUAUAUCACUGUUUUUGUAGAUAUGUAUUAAAAGUGGUGGGAUUCACAUCGAUGAGAAGGCUUCUGAUUAUGAGACAGAAUUAUUCUAUUUUUGUCAUGAAGGUAUUUUCCUUCAUGAGGAAGUAGCUGAUAAAUUGGUACAUGUGUUGGUCAAGGCAUUCAAUAAAAUCACAGUUUUUCUGAAUAGUUGGGUAGCUGUGAUAAAAGAUGUUAGCAUUAGGAAGCUAUACAUCUAAAUGAGUUUCUUUAUAUUGUUGAAAUUUCAGAUUGACCUUUUGAUUAAAAAAAUAAAAUUAUAUAUAUAUAUAUAUUAAAACAGAGGUGAAAAUGAAAAUAAUUAUAUUACACAGACUUGGCUGGACUUGUAUUUAUCUUUGAGGGUUAUAAAAGUGCAGAGGAGUGCGAUCUAUAAACAAUCACAGCUUUUUGCAAAGCUAGAAAAAAAAGCACACACAACUAAGAGUAAAAUAUGCAUAAUGUAUACUUGUCAAAUUUCAGUUAAUUUAAAACAAUCCCUGAUAUGUUAAUAAGAAGGAUGAUUUAAAAUGUUUUAUUACACUUAUUUUUUUAUCAAAUGCCCUUUAAUUUAAUACACCGUCGAGCACUUAUUCUGCCCAUAUAAUGUAUUUCCUGUGAGAGAAGUUAAGUGGGAGUAAGAGUGCCAGGGAUAGUCAUAACCAUAUGUCUGCUAAAGCUCAUUAUAGUAUAGAGUAAGUGGUUGCAAUAGGUGCUAGAUAUAAACCAAUCAUUCUCCUCAUGUCAAUACAAGUAAUAUAAUUUAUUUUUCUACAUUACUGGAAUAUUACAUUUUCAUUUUGAAGUCAUUGAUCUUUUGCGUUGAAGUUGAAAUAUGUUAAUCCAGGCUACAUAUCAUAUGUAAAUAAACACCAUAAAUCAUACCUAACCAGAAAAAUGUAUUAUGCUCUCUGUAUAUAACAUGCAAAUCCAUGAGGCAUUGCUGCUACUCUGUUCUUAAUGUGCAGUAGACUGACACUAAUGUAAUACAGCCAUUAUUGUUUUUAUUGUUUUGUCAUUUAGCGUUGGGCUAUCAGGGAUUAGGGAAAUAUAAGAUAUAUCUAUAACAGAUCUCAUAUUUAUAUUGUUUUUUUUUUCCAAACAACAGUGUCAUAAAUGGACUUCUCUAGCACACUCAUCUGUGUCACAAUCACUGACGAUUAUGAUGCUGAUUUUCAACCAGAAUACAAUGGAGUGUUAGAAUAGUCAUAUGUUUUUGCUGUUUUGGUUCUGAACUUGAUUUGAAAUGAAACAGUGACUAUAAAAGUACUUUGAGGGUGUUUACAUCCAUUUUUCCAUUUCAGAAGAACAGUGUAUAAAUCCCCUUUAGCAGAUGCAGGAAAAUGCAGCAGGACAGUAGUUCUAAACCCACACAACAACAACAAAAAACUUUUCAUCAAAGAAUUUUAUGUUCUUGACUUAUCAUUUGUCCCAAGCAAAACUGAGGAUUUCCCCCCCAAGAAUAUACAGUCUGAAGAUCACAAGAAACUGCUUCAGUAGGUCUUGGGUCAUGGUAGUCUCAGGUCCCACUCACACGGCCUAGAAACGUGUGAAUGUGUGACUGGGACCUGGGGCAGUGACCAUCUGGUAACUACUGGGCCUAUAUGUGGUAAAAAUUCGGACUAGCAAAUGGUUGUUGGAGGGUGAUGGCAGUCGCUGUGAAAUUAGUUGCUAAAGCCCAAGUCAUGCAGACCUACAGCCUGUUUAAUAACACCCUAGCAAGCAGGUUUUUAGGGAAAAAUGUGUAAUACCAGACUGGUGGGUAGUCCAGAUGAUAGAGGUUGGUAGGUGAAACUGGUUGGAAAGAGGUAUAUGAUAUGCCACUGAAAACGUCCUUGCAAUUGCUUUGGUUGCUAGCAGAUGAACGCAUGGAGGAUGCUGACUUGUUUACAAAUGCCUGCCAAAUAAUCUCUGAGUGCUGAAAGAAACUGUGAAAAGUGCAACACAAAGUAAAAAUGGAGAUGGUUGCCUUCAAAUUAAAAGUUGUGCCUUUUGAAACAUGUUAGCUGCAGCAGUGAGGCAUAACUUAAAGGUUAUUUGUACAUUCUCUGUUUCCCAUUUGCACUCGGCUAGUAGUUCGUGAGUGUUUGCAGAAAAGUAGGCAUCACUACUUCAGCAAUAUAUGAGAUACCAAAGCAACCACAAGGAGAUUUUAGGUGCAACAUCAUCGUUGCGACAGAUUUACCUGGCAACCUUUAAGAACCACUUACUAAUAAUUGUAAUUUGAGGACUUGAGUUGAUAGUGUGGCUUCUUUUCGGGUAAAUUUUAGGAUAAAACCUAUCAAGCCGCUAUGUCUACUGCAUUAAAAGCCUGACAAAAAGGGUGACACUGAUUAAAAAUUAUACAUUCAAACAUACGAUCCCACUACUCCUUAGCGCAACCUUGGAAUUCUCAAACCAUCCCCUAUUUAAAUUUGGCUGAGCUACGCUUAUAGAUCAUUGUUUGGGCAUCACUGCGGAACUUGUUAAAACUCAAUGUCGUCUAACCCCGGUGGACAAAGUACAAAACCCAAUCAAUGUUAAAAAAUGGUGAGCAUAGUUCUGAGCAUACCUAAGACAUCAACACUAUGUGUUUGAUUAAUGACAUUGAUUUGAUGUUGGCACAUUGUGAACUCACAGCAGGAUACAUUACAAGUGGUCAGAUAGGAGAGUCAAAGGAGUGAUCUAAAACCAGUACUGGAACUAAGGAGAUGACCUUAAAGGUGGAAAAAUGUCAAAUUUAAAUCAGGUAUUGUAGCAUUUGAGUUGUAUGGGGUGAGCUGGGAAGGUUUAUGAUCGUACCAUAAAUUUCUGAUACUGUUCUUUUCAUGAGGACGUAAACACCCAGAAGAUAAAGCUGAAGAUCACGACUUCUUGUCAUAGUCUGGCUAAUCAAUGCAAGGCGAUCCAAGAUUAGCUGAGUACAAAGCCAGUUCACGGCGUACAUAGAUGAGAGAAUUUAUGUAUAAAUCUUUGUAUAUGUUUGCUUGGUGUGAACCAAACGUACAUCCAUACAUAUAGACAGAAAAACAGUUUUGUCUCUGGCUGAUUUAAAUUUUUUAGAGUAGGUAGCAUACUUAAGACUGAUUCACAUUUAACCCAUAAAUUGUGUGUUUUUAAUUGCUGGUACAAUUAUCAUCGAACUAAAACACAAGAGCAAACAUAGUUUAUGUGUAAUGUGAGGGUCUAGCUUUUAGUUUUUAGCAUAUUGUUUGUAAUUUUUUAAUAUGUUUAAUAUAUUUUAACAUGUGCAAUAGUUUGGGUUUUGCUGUCCAUAUUCAGCUACGCUGAAGUGCAAAAAUAAGUUGACUUUAUGGAUUCUGUUUGCUUGACUCUACCCAUCAGUACAUCGUUUUUUUCUUACUUAGAGAUGAUUCAACAACAAGGUCAACUGUCAUGAAAACCUAAGAGCAUUUCCAAGCACAGAUUUUCAUAAGCUGUGAUUCGAAACGUUGCUGAACGGACAAAGAGGGAGACAUAUACCAAGACACCUGGUGGCCUUCUAGAGUAGACUAAAGACGUUGUUGCACAAUUUACAAAAAAAUAUAAUGUAAUACAGAAACAUACGCAAGAAAGUAUUUUAAAUGAAAGAAAGUUAAUUAACUUACACGUAGAUCACAGUCACAAAUAAGGUGUCUGUCAUUAUUCAAGCAUUUGUUGUUUUUGUAGAUUUGUCUGGUCAGUUUUCAUCUUCGAAGCACAAGAGGUGAUUUUCAGUUCAGUAGAAAUGUAAAUUUUUUGAUAAAGAAUGACUGCAAUCUUGUUUUCAGACAGACGUAUGUAAAGGAUGGGAGAAUGAAUUGUUUAUAUGUUUGUUGACUGAGAUUAUUUUGGAUUGCACCUAUUACGGUUUGUGAUUUUCUUGCCUGUGUGAAGUGAAGCCUGUGUACAUGACUGCAGUUCUUUUUAUUUUCCUCCUGCCUUUAUAAGCCUGCUAAUCGCAAAGAAUAUCAUAAUAUUCUAAUACAACAUGGCAGACCCGGCAGAUACUGUACGAAACAAAAAGGGGCGUCGGUUUUGAUGUAUGUUGAUCUGACACACACACACAUACACACACACAUACAGAAAAACAACAAAUGAAAAUAAAAAAAAAAGAAAAAAUGGUUCAGAAGCAUUGUGAGCAUGUUGGUAUACAAAACUUAUAACAGAUUUGACUUAGUCUGUUCUUGUGAAAAAGAUUAUGUUAAAAACUGAUAUUUGACAGAAAAAAAAAAAGAAAAAAAUGAAAAAAGAUAAGCACAACUGUGUUGAUAGUGUCUGUUGUUCCUCCACCGGUGUAUAACAUUAUCAAAUAAAAACUAAACUGCAGUUUGACUGAGCUCUGGCAAAACAAAGCAACUCUCAUCAGGAGCACAUAGCUCAUGGAAUAAAACUUCACCACAAAUUCUCCUGAAAGGUUAAAUCCUGCUUUAGUAACCGUGGCAUUACGAAAGUCUUUAUUAUAUAAAUUAUAGAUUUACUUUUCAGAGUUCAUCAAAUUGAAUUGUCAAACAAUCACUGCUGGUGAGAGUUGCUCUGUAUUCAAGGCGUCACUUAUGUCUGCCUUUAGAGACAGUACAGUUCAUCUGAGAGUCUUUAGAUACGAAGCAUAUAGUAAUUUUAAAAAUGUAUGAGUACAACCAAUAAACCAGACAUUCUGUACA